AUGGCGCUGCCGCCCGAGGUGCAAGUCGUGGGCCUCGACGACUUCGCCGUGCUGAGCAAAUUAGGCGAGGGCGGCUUCGGCAAGGUCGUGCUCGCGCGAAAAAAGUGCGGCGGCACGCUCCACGCGAUCAAGGCCGUGCGCAAGGAGAAGCUGCUCAAGGCCGGGGCCGGCGCCGUGCAGCACAUGCUCGACGAGAACAACAUCCUCCAGACGCUGCGCCACCCCUUCAUUUUGACGUUGCAGUACGCGUUCCAGGACGACGGCCGCUUGUAUCUGGUCACGAACUACGUCGGCGGCGGCGACCUCCAGGAGCUCAUCGAGCGGGAGCGCAUCCUGUCCGAGGCCAUGGGCCGCUUCUACGCGGCGCAGCUCGCGUCGGCCUUCGCGUACCUGCACGACCACGGCGUCGUCUACCGCGACCUCAAGCCGGAGAACGUGUUGUUGGGGCUCGACGGCUACGUCGUGCUGGCGGACUUCGGGCUCGCGAAGACGCCGCGGACGUCGAUCCACAAGGCCGAGACCUUCUGCGGCACGCCGCUCUACCUGGCCCCCGAGGUCGUGAGCCGCGUCCCCUACGGCCGCAGCGUGGACUGGUGGGCGCUGGGGUGCCUGCUCGUCGAGAUGCUCACGGGCAAGCCGCCGUUCGUGGCCGCGGACCUGCCGGAGCUCAUGGACCUCAUCAAGGAGGCGCGGCCGGCCUUCAAGGACUGCCUCGGCGACGCGGCGCGGGACGCGUGCGCGGGCCUGCUGGCGCGGGACCCGGCGGACCGGCUGGGCUGCGGGCCGGGCGGCUUCGACGAGCUCGCGCGCCACGCGUUCUUCGAAGCCGUCGACUGGGCCGCGCUCGAGGCGAAGACGCUGGCGGCGCCCUUCCUCCCG